GAAGGCUAACCAAGAUGGACAGAACUCUACAGGUUACUGUAAAAGGCUCUCAAGGACAUGCUGGAACUGUUCCAAUGUCACUACGUCAAGACCCUAUGACUGGUGCUGCGGAACUCAUUGUACUAAUGGAGAGUGUUUGUAGAAACCCUAAAGAGUAUUUAACUUGUGAAGGCCAAUGCAACGAGGAGACGAUAGAAUCCCUUGCUAAUUCACUUGUAUGUACUGUUGGAGAAAUCUCUACGUGGCCAAGUGCUAGCAAUGUCAUCCCUGGACAGGUAACUUUCACAGUGGAUUUACGUACGAUAGAUGACGUAGGACGCGAUGCUAUCCUCCAUGACUUAUCGACUAGGAUGUACCAAAUAUGUGACAAAAGAUCGCUUUUGUGCUCCAUUGAACGAAAGCACGAUGCAGACGCAGUAAUAUCAGACCCUCAUUUAAGUUUACAGCUGAAAUCAGCAGCUCAGAGUGCGCUUAAGAAGAUUACAGGAGAGAUACAAGACGAGGUCCCUGUGUUAAUGAGUGGAGCAGGACACGAUGCUAUGGCUAUGUCUUACUUAACUAAGGUUGGGAUGUUAUUUGUCCGGAAUCGUGGAGGAAUAAGUCAUUCUCCGGCAGAACAUGUCUUGGAUGAUGAUGUUGGUGCAGCCGGUUUAGCCAUCUUGGAGUUUUUAGAGUCUCAAAUGUAGUUUGUUUUCAUAAAAAUGAAAAAAAUAUAUAUAAAUGAGACACAAAGUGGAGUCUUGCGUCUUGAGACUCCUUGAAUGUACAGUGUCAUUUGUUGUGCUAUUUGUCUUUGUUCGGGACUAUGCAUUUGUAUAGAAUUAAAUCCGAUUUACUUUCAAUGUAUGAACAUUGUUAGCUA